CGCCCGCGGGCGGGUGCCCCAGGGACCGCCGUGCCGUGUCGUGCCACGCCGUAGCGGCGGGCGGGGAUGCUGCCGCCGCCGCCGCCGCCGGCUCCCCCGCCCGCCCCGCGCCACCGCGGCAGCCGCGCCAGACGCAGCGCGGCUCGGAGCGCGGACGGAACCUCCCGCAGCCGCCGCGGCCCGGGCAGCCCCUGCGCCCCGCCAUGGCCCGGAACCGCCGGGAGAGGAGCAGCUGGGGUAGUUUUGCAGAGAAGACUUACGAGUGGAGCUCAGAGGAGGAGGAGUCCGUGAGAAAGGCAGGACCAGUGCAAGUCCUCAUUGUCAAAGAUGACCAUUCCUUUGAACUGGAUGAAGCUGCACUGAACCGCAUCCUCCUGUCAGAGGCUGUCAGAGAUAAAGAGGUCGUGGCUGUGUCCGUUGCUGGAGCUUUUAGAAAAGGAAAAUCAUUCCUGAUGGACUUCAUGCUGCGGUACAUGUACAAUAAGGAAGCAGUAGACUGGGUUGGAGAUUACAACGAGCCUCUGACUGGUUUCUCCUGGAGAGGAGGGUCUGAGCGGGAGACAACUGGCAUUCAGAUAUGGAGCGAGGUUUUCCUGGUGGACAAGCCCGACGGUAAAAAGGUUGCAGUGUUGCUGAUGGACACUCAGGGGACCUUUGACAGCCAGUCCACCCUGCGGGAUUCAGCCACCGUGUUUGCCCUUAGCACAAUGAUCAGCUCGAUACAGGUUUACAACUUGUCGCAGAACGUGCAGGAGGAUGAUCUGCAGCACUUGCAGCUUUUCACUGAGUACGGCCGGCUGGCCAUGGAGGAGACAUUCCUGAAACCUUUCCAGUCCCUUAUAUUCCUUGUUCGUGACUGGAGCUUCCCGUAUGAAUUUUCCUAUGGAUCUGAUGGUGGUGCAAGAUUUCUGGAGAAGCGGCUGAAGGUCUCGGGAAAUCAGCAUGAAGAGCUGCAGAACGUCAGAAAGCACAUCCAUUCUUGCUUCACCAAAAUCUCCUGCUUCCUCUUACCUCACCCGGGCCUGAAAGUUGCCACCAACCCUAAUUUUGAUGGAAAACUGAAAGAAAUAGACGAUGAGUUCAUAAAGAACUUGAAGAUUUUGAUUCCUUGGCUGCUUAGUCCUGAGAGCCUGGAUGUUAAGGAGAUCAAUGGAAACCACAUCACCUGUCGAGGCCUUGUGGAGUAUUUUAAGGCAUACAUAAAGAUCUACCAAGGAGAAGAAUUGCCACACCCAAAGUCGAUGCUGCAGGCCACAGCAGAAGCCAACAAUUUAGCAGCAGUUGCCACUGCCAAAGACACCUACAGCAGGAGAAUGGAAGAGGUCUGUGGUGGGGACAAGCCCUUCCUUGCACCUAGUGACCUCCAGACCAAGCACAUGGAGCUGAAGGAGGAGGCUGUGAAGCUGUUUCGUGGGGUGAAGAAGAUGGGUGGGGAGGAGUUCAGCCGUCGCUACCUCCAGCAGCUGGAGAACGAGAUAGAUGAGCUCUAUAUCCAGUACAUCAAGCACAACGACAGCAAGAAUAUCUUCCACGCCGCCCGCACCCCCGCCACGCUCUUUGUGGUCAUCUUCAUCACUUACGUGAUAGCUGGAGUGACCGGCUUCAUUGGCUUGGACAUCAUAGCCAGUCUGUGCAACAUGAUCAUGGGCUUGACACUUAUCACACUGUGUACCUGGGCAUAUAUCAGAUACUCUGGGGAGUACAGAGAACUGGGCGCAGUAAUAGACCAAGUGGCCGCAGCGUUAUGGGACCAGGGAAGCACGAACGAGGCUUUGUACAAACUGUACAGCGCAGCAGCGACUCACAGACAUUUGUACCACCACGCCUUCCCUGCACAGAAAGCGGAACCCGCCGAGGGCUCGGAGAGGAAGAAGGUGUAAGCCAGGCGCGUUGCCGUCGAUGCAUGAACGUCUCGUCCUCGGUUCGACACUCUCGUCCUCGUACCCAUCACAAGCUCCUGCCGUGGAACAGGGAGAGCGGAGAACAAGUCGCGUGUAAGGUGGUUCGGUGUGUUCGUUCGACAACACGGUGUUUGACGGGAAGAUGUCAGCAUGUUUUUCGUUUUGUUAAUAUGUACAUAUUGGUACUGCCGCAACUACAAAGUGCUUUUAAUUUGUAAUAGCCAGCAUACUUCCCAGCUAAUUUAUGAAGCCUUACUUUCCCCUUCUUAAUUAGUUAUGAAGUCACUGAAGGAAUCAUAAUUUACACGAUACUGCAACUAAAAAUCUUCCAGACUUUAGCAUUAUUCAAAAGCCAACUUAUUUUCAGAUACUUGAACAAGUUAUAACAUGUAACCAAGUUUUUUCUUCAAUUAACUAUUUAAUUACAUAAACACAAUUAAAAAUGUAUUAACUUGCUUUAUCAGAAACUGUAAGGGCACUUCUGCUAUGGUAUGUUAACGACCUUGUACGGAAAGCGUACUUUUCUGUUCGUAACCAAUGCACAAAGUAUCACUUUGUAUAUGUACUGGAGAAAGUUUCACUGUAUUUCUGUAUAUAUAUUCAUUAUAGUGCAUAGAAAGUGUGUUCAACAGUUCUAUUCUUUUAUCGUCAGAACUAUUAAAGUUUGCUUUCAGUUCCUAA